CAUCCCUUGAUAUUGGCCUCUACGUGCUUUUUUUUAUUAUUUGAACUGGGCCUGUCACAGCUCUUGGGAAAAGAUGAGAGCCCAAAUUGUCCCCAACAGAUAACAGGUUCUUGGGAUAUUUCACCGCCAAAUUCUGGUACAUUUAUCCAUUAAUGAAAAUCUCUGUGCCUUGUUCGUUGAGAUGGCUUUGAGCUUUUCCUGCAGUGCUUCUAUUUCUCCUCAGCACAAAGCAAAAGUGAACUUUAAAAGCAACAAAGGCCUUGAAGACGUGAGGAAUCUCAUAAAAACUGUUGGGGUUCCAUCAAUAACGUGCUCGCCAGUAAAAUCUCUUCAAAAUGGCAACUGGGUCAAGCUCAUAUGUGGUGCAAGCUUUGAGGAUGUGGUUGAUAUAAGGAAUCUUUCUCUGGUUUACGCUCUUGCAGGAGUUGAUUGCAUAGACUGUGCAGCAGAUGUCUCAGUUGUGAAUGCAGUAAACGAGGGGAUUGAUGCAGCAAUUGAGAUUCUCCCCCUUCGAAGGCCUUGGGUCAUGAUCAGUGUUAAUGAUGAUGAGGAUCUUCACUUCCGCAAGGCCGAAUUUGAUCCAGAGGAUUGUCCCCUUGACUGUUCAAAGCCUUGUGAGAGAGUUUGUCCUGCUGAUGCAAUAUCAUUGGAGGCUCAAAAUUCAACAACACAACUCUCUUUUGAUACCAAUGCAUCUGGUGCAUUUAAGGGUGGAGUUCUAACUGAACGCUGUUAUGGCUGCGGACGUUGCAUUCCAGUUUGCCCAUAUGAUAAAAUAAGAGUGACCUCAUAUAUAAGAGAGGCUGCUACAACCUCUGAACUUCUCAAAAGAAAUGACGUUGAUGCUGUAGAGAUUCAUACAACUGGAAGGCAGAUUGCUCCAUUUAAAGAACUUUGGGAUGGUUUGGCCGACUCGAUCAAAUAUUUGAGAUUAGCAGCAGUUAGCUUACCUGAUAUUGGGGAGGCAACUGUAUCAUCAAUGAAGGAUAUGUACUCAGUUAUGGAACCAGAUCUAUGUUGCUUCAAUCUAUGGCAGUUGGAUGGCCGCCCCAUGAGUGGAGAUAUUGGUCGAGGUGCCACAAGAGAAUCGAUUGCUUUUGCUCUUCGUUUGGCUGCAAUAAAAGAUAGGCCUCAUGGUUUUCUUCAACUGGCGGGUGGCACCAAUGCUCACACAGUUGAUGGGUUGAAGAAAGUCGGACUUUUCCAAACGACAUCCUUCCAUAGAAAUUCAAGGGAUGAAAUAUUAACUGGAACGUCUAGUUCAGUGCAUGCUAUAAUCGGUGGUGUUGCUUAUGGUGGCUAUGCACGAAAGAUUGUGGGAAGAAUCCUAAGCAAUAUGCAAUCACAGCAUGGCAUUGCUAGUAUGGAGGACUAUCCAGACCAUCUCCUUCUGGCACUUAGAGAGGCCCUUUCUAUUGUCGGAACUGCCAAGUCUUUCCCCAUUUCAAAUUCCUCAUAGCAAUGUCAUAACAAAUCAGUUUUCACUUUACAAGUUUUGUAUUUGGUGGCUUUUAAUUUUUCUUCUACAUUCUCAUUAGUUGGCUUGGCUGGGAAAUUAUUUUACUUGUUUUGGUGGGGUGCGCCAGGCCCAUGCAAUAGUGCAACGCUUGGGCGACGCUUGAGAGCCCCAGUAGCAAGCAACUGUAGUGGGUCCUCCCCCUAAAGAAAUUAAUUUAAUAUCGUGUGAGCCAUUGGCCCACGUAUCAGAUAUUAAACUGAUAAGAACAGAUACUACACUUGAUCUUAGCCAAAAGGCCGAGAAAGGUAUGCUUUUACUUGUUUUGGGCUCAUUGUUUUAUACACAUCUCCGUUCUCCUCCUUUCUUCAACUGGUCGAUGUGGGACAAUGGGAUUGUCAAUACCCUUUCUUGAAGAAAUCUUUGCUGUUUUUGUGCGUCAAUGCAAGUACAUCUAAAACCUCUCCACAGCCUUAUUAUCAUCAUAGGUAUAAAUCAUCCAGUUAUUAUAAAAUAUUUUAGAAACUCAACCAAUUUAUUGAUUUGCUAAAAGCCCGUUUGAUAAUCAUGUCAAUUUUAUUUUUUAUUUUUUAUUUUUUAUGUUAGAAUAUAAAGGAAAAUGAGAGGGAUGAUGAGAUUGAGAGAGAUGAUGAGAGGCCGAGAAUAAUGAGUAACAAAGUGAAAACAAAAACUUGAAAAUGAAAUUGGCAUCCAUUGGGAAUAAGAUUCUGCAAUGGAAUAUUGGAAGGAAGGCAAUUUGAAUGAGAAGUAUAAGCGUUAGAGAUUUUAAACUCUUCCAUCUUUGGAAGCAGGAGGGUUUAAAAACUGAUCUAUAUGCAAUGCUGCACAUAUAAUAUGCUAAGGUUUGAGUGAUUGCCUUUAUAUAUUUGGGAUUAGGUGAGUAGUGUGUGUGAGACUUGGUUGGCCAUUUUAUUGUGUAUGGAAAUAUUAUAUUAUGCCAAUUUUUCCAGGUGUGUAUGAGUUCAUAGAUUCACACACACACACACAAAAAUUAUAAUAUGCUCAUGACUAUACCUUCUAUGGUCAACAAUAAUAUUCCUAUGUCUUAACAUGGUUUUUGAAACACAGAAGUGGACAAAUUUUCAUGAGCAUAGGUGUCUUGAUUCAAGGCAUAUGUCAUCUGGUAGCUUAAUGUGAAUAGAAGUGUUUCAGUUUUGUUUAUGUUUUAACACAGUUUUCUUUUGUAAGGGGUUUGUUAAAAAUAUUUACUCGUGUCCGAGGUCUUUUAGGCUCAAUUUCCAAUCUAGUAUAGCUUGUAUCAAAAACAUGAUUUUGGCUUCA